CGUGGAUCACUCCUGGUCACAUGACUGUUUCUGCUGCCAACAUGGCUGCCGAGGAUCUGCCUGCUGAUUUUGACAUCGUCAUUCUGGGCACAGGUCUUGCUGAAUCAGUGGUAGCGGCUGCCUGUUCGAGGGUUGGACAAAGAGUUCUUCACCUGGACAGGAGGAGUUAUUAUGCAGCUAACUGGGCCAGUUUCACCUUUAACAGCCUGCUCACCUGGAUCAAGGAGCAGAAUGAGGAGCCCAAGCCAGAAGAAGUCAAGGAUUGGUCCAGUCUAAUGGAGGAAGGGGAGGAGCUAAUACACCUUGCAAAUUCAGACUCCGCCUCCAUCACUAACUUGCAGGUGUUCAGUUUCACCAGUGAGGAGGAGGAGGAAGCUCCAAAUACCACAGAGGAAGAAAAAGCAGCUGAUGAAGAUGCAGUUAAAGAGUCUUCAGAGACAGAAUCUGCAGAUUCAAAGGAGGAGGAAGCUGGAGCUGCAGAGAAGGAGGACCAGCCUGCUCAGACAGAAGGGGAGGAGCCUAAGGCUGACCAGCCACUCCCCUCUUCUCCUUCAAACCCAUCAGAGCCAGUCAGGAAGAAGAUCAGCUAUGCUCAGUUGGUGAAAGAAGGACGCAGGUUCAACAUUGACCUGGUCUCCAAGUUGUUAUUCUCUCGCGGCUCAUUGGUCGAUCUGCUCAUCAAAUCAAAUGUCAGUCGUUACGCUGAGUUCAAGAACGUCACCAGGAUACUCACCUAUCGCCAUGGCAACGUAGAGCAGGUUCCCUGCAGCAGAGCUGAUGUGUUUGCGAGUCGUCAGCUAUCGGUGAUUGAGAAGAGGAAGUUGAUGCGCUUCCUGACUUCCUGUAUGGAGGAGACUGAGGAGCAGACAGCCUACAACGGUCGACCAUAUUUGGAAUUCCUGCGUAACCAACAGCUGGGGGAAAGCCUGCAACACUUCCUGCUUCAUUCCAUUGCCAUGGUAGCAGAAGACACACCCACAGAGGAAGGUCUGGCUUCCACACGUCACUUCCUGCGUUGCCUGGGUCGCUAUGGCAACACUCCCUUCCUUUUUCCUGUCUAUGGCCUUGGAGAGAUCCCCCAAUGCUUCUGCAGGAUGAGCGCCGUGUUCGGAGGGAUCUACUGUCUGAGACACUCGGUCCGCUGUCUUAUCGUGGACAAGGACACCAACAGGUGUAAGGCGGUGAUCGACAGCCGAGGACAGCGAAUCAGCUGCAGCCAUGUUGUUGUAGAGAACAGUUACCUGGAUGCAGACAGUACGAAGAUGGCCACGCCCCCCAGGUAUCUGAGCCGAGCCAUCCUCAUCACAGACUCGUCAGUUCUGCCCUCAGACUCUGAUCAGCAGAUCUCCAUGGUAACAGUUCCUCCACCUGCAGCAGGAUGUCCUGCAGUUAAGAUGGUGGAGCUGUGCUCGUCCUCGAUGACCUGCAUCCCUGGAACAUAUUUGGUCCAUCUCACCUGUCAGUCAGUUGGCUCCGCACAUGAGGACCUGUCGCCGGUGGUAACCAGGAUGUACAGAACCACAGAGUCUCAGGACGAAGACCAGCGUCCUUCAGUCCUCUGGUGUCUCUACUUCAACAUGGCCGACGGCUCAACACUGCAGGUCGAAGGUCACUCCCUGCCAUCUAAUGUGUACAUUUGCUGUGGUCCAGAUGGAGACCUGGGACACGAACACGCCGUCAAACAGGCUGAAUCCAUCUUCCAGAAGAUUCUCCCAGAGGAGGAGUUCUGUCCUCCUGCUCCGAACCCUGAGGACAUAAUUUAUGAUGGAGAAAACACCUUCACUGAAGAGGACAGAGGAGCAGUGGACAAAAAGGAUCUUCAGGAGGAGGAGAAUAAUGGAAAGAGCCAGGAGGAGAACCAGGAGCAGCAGAGUGUUGAGCCUGAGGAGUGAUGCUAACCUUAAGGCUGCAAAAUAAAUCUUCUACUGAACAUUUUGGGUCAAAGUUGCCUUCAGUUGUUUGGUUCUGUUAAAAUGUCUCAAUAAAGCUUCAACAUGA